CCUCCUUCCCUCCUCCCCCCCCCCGCCUCUGGCUCCCAGCAGAGGCUGCAGCCCCCCGCAGCCGCUGUCCACACGAAACUGGGUCCUGAAAGCUGCUUUGGCCGAGAAGCGCGCUUCUCCGCUGAGGGAGAGCGAGCGAGGGAGCCGCAGGACUGCGACGGCCAGCCGAGGAGGAGGAGAGCGAGCGAGCCCGGCGCUCCUGAGGAGAGAUUUCCUGAGGCGCCUGGAGCUUGAGCGCCCAGGUGUGUGUGCGUGAGGGAGAGAGAGAGCGCGAGUGCGCGCGCGCGGAGUGGGUGGGUGAGGGGACCCUCCCGCGAGAGCUGGCCAGGUGGAGACACACGCGCGCACACACGCGCGCCAGCAGCACACAGGCGCGCAACUAGAGCCGGCUCCCUUCGCGAGAGAGAGAGAGAGGGAAGCUCCCUCCGCAGCCUGAGGCGGGAGAGCGCACGCGCGCGCUUGGCCAUGGGAGAGCCGCGACGCCGGGCGCCCGAGGAGCGCGGCAAACUUGAAGCGCGCGCGGAAGUGGGCGCGUGAGGUGGCCAAGCGCGCCGCGAGCAAAACGCCGCCUCCCUCGCUCCCUCCCGCCUUCUCUCUCUCGCUCCCUCUCCUCGUCGCGCGGCGGGGAUGCCGCUGGCAGGCUCCAGCCGCCGCCGCCACCACCGCCGCCGCUUUCUCCUCACCUCCUCUGGCGCCUCUCCAAGCCCAACUUCCCGCCAACUUCGCGGGCUCUGAGGGCGCCCGGCGGAAGGAGGUCGUCGCUCGCGCCUGCCCGGAGAAGGGGAGAACGGACUUCUUUCCUCCGCCGCUCGACGCCGCGCGGUUCUCCUCAGGACUUGGGACGCCCGCCCAGCGAGACACGCCGCCGAGGGAGACACCUGUCCGUAGCCUUCGCGCCCUCUCUGCGAAAGAAGCCGUCGCCUCAGAGCCGUCGCCGGAGCGGAGACCUCCAGCUUGGCUUGCCGGCUGAGGAGACGGAGGAGGAGGAGGAGGACGACGACGACGGAGGGGGACCCGCUCGCCUCAGACAAAAGACUGACCCGGGGCACUUCCCGCCCCCUGAGGUAGCCCUUGCCUUCGUCGCGGUGGCGAAAAAGAAAGGAGAUGCCCGUUGAAAAGUAGCCCCCGUGGAUCUUGGCAGCUGACCCGUCCCUGCCCGCUUCUCUGCCUCUACCUUGGACCACCUCGGACUUGAAGAAGCGCUGCCUGUGUGGAGACUCCCCCCCCCCAGCUCCUCUUCAUCUUCAUUUCCCCCCUUUCUUUUUUUCUUCUUCUUCUGAAGCACCGGACGGGAUUGAUGGCUUUUUCCUCCUGGAGGUGGGAGAAAUAAGGCUUCCUCCUCCUCCUCCUCCGCCGCCGCCGCCCAAGCCCGAGCCUCGUCGGAGCCCGGAGGCGGCCGAGCCUGGCCAGGGGGGCGCGGGGGGCGGGGAGGGGGGAAGGGCGACUCCGUCGAGCCCCCCCCAAGCCCCUUCCGCUGCAGAGGAAUAACUUCCGCGAGGAUUGCCGUGCUUCUUGGGCUCGGGGCUCCGAGGGGGAGCUUCUUGCCUUUGGGAAGUCGCGCGGUGGGUUUUUGUUUCCGAUUUGCAUCCGAACGACAUCGCUGCCAGCCACCCUCUGCUUGACCUUUCCACUCGAAAAAACAAACAAACUAACCCCCCUUGCCCCAGACAAAACAAAACAAAAAGCGAUCCCAGGGAGUUUAGCUUAAGGUGAUCCGAAAGCAAAACCAAACAAAAGCCUCGAGCUCCGUGGAUCGGCUGCCCAGAUGGAAAUACACUGUAAGCACGACCCGUUUGCAGCGAUGCAUAGACAUGGAGGAGUGAAUCAGUUAGGGGGUGUUUUUGUGAAUGGUCGACCACUCCCUGACGUAGUCCGCCAAAGGAUUGUGGAACUUGCCCAUCAAGGUGUCAGACCCUGCGACAUUUCCAGGCAACUACGGGUCAGCCAUGGCUGUGUCAGCAAAAUUCUUGGCAGGUACUAUGAGACUGGAAGCAUUAAGCCUGGAGUUAUUGGGGGGUCAAAACCAAAGGUCGCCACACCCAAAGUAGUAGAAAAGAUUGCAGAAUAUAAACGCCAAAACCCCACCAUGUUUGCCUGGGAGAUCAGGGACAGGCUUUUAGCAGAGCGAGUAUGUGACAACGACACAGUACCCAGCGUUAGCUCAAUUAACAGCCAUUUGUCUAUAUGCAGGAUUAUACGGACAAAGGUACAGCAACCACCCAACCAGCAAGUCCCAGCCUCCAGUCACAGCAUAGCUUCCACGGGUUCCGUGACACAAGUGUCCUCAGUAAGCACAGACUCAGCAGGCUCCUCCUACUCCAUUAGUGGAAUUCUGGGAAUUACCUCUCCCAGUGCUGAAAGCAACAAACGUAAAAGAGAUGAAGGCAUUCAGGAGUCUCCAGUACCAAAUGGCCAUUCUCUUCCGGGUAGAGACUUCCUCCGGAAACAAAUGCGGGGAGAUCUUUUCACCCAGCAGCAGCUAGAAGUGUUGGAUCGAGUCUUUGAAAGACAGCAUUAUUCUGAUAUCUUCACAACAACUGAACCCAUCAAACCAGAGCAGUGGUGCUCCAUGCUGAUGAGACAAUACUUGGUGCAACCCCAGGCAGUCAUUUUUCAGUCAACAGAAUACUCAGCCAUGGCAUCACUAACUGGUGGAUUAGAUGAUAUGAAGGCUAAUUUAACAAGCCCUACUUCAGCAGAUAUAGGAGCCAGUGUUCCAGGUCCACAAUCAUAUCCUAUUGUGACAGGUCGUGAUUUGGCAAGCACAACCCUCCCUGGAUACCCUCCGCACGUCCCCCCUGCUGGACAGGGCAGCUACUCUGCUCCAACGCUGACAGGGAUGGUGCCUGGGAGUGAGUUUUCUGGAAGUCCAUAUAGCCAUCCACAGUAUUCCACAUACAAUGAUUCCUGGAGAUUUCCCAAUCCUGGACUGCUAGGCUCUCCUUACUAUUACAGUGCUGCGGCCCGAGGAGCAGCACCUCCAGCAGCCGCUGCGGCUUAUGACCGCCACUGACACAUGGAACCAAGAAGCACUUAUUAAACACAUUAUGCCGGAUGACACAACUGGAACCACCUAGCAUGCAACUGCAGAAAUCGGACUACAAGGAUGGAUAAGAGAAAUUACCCCGCAUGAACCCAUGCAACAAUUGGAAUGUUAUUCUUUCAGCUAGGUGAACCACUUAUUACUGCUUUUAAACAUUGAAAUUCUAGUGACCUUAACUGAAUCUCCCAUAAAAAAACCAGAGCAAACAAAGAAUCAGUUUCGCUGACAUUCCCUGUGGUUUGCAAGAUGCAGUAGCCAUGUGAUACGCACAGUCUUCUUGCUUCUGGACUAACUAGCUGGUUCUCUGGUUCUCCUGACCAUGUCAGGGGAACCAAAGCAGUUCUAAAUGUUGAGCAGUCCUCCACUGAAUGUCUCUCUUUAAUGUGCGUUGUAACAGGAUGCGUGAUUCAACAGGGACUGUAUGGGCUGAAGUUUAUUCUAGGGAGAGGGCAUUAAGGGGGAAAAAAUGGUCUGCUCAAAUGACAAAGCACCAAUGUAAAUAACUUACUUCUUUGUGUUACUAUGGAGUGGUAUAGCAUAAACAGCAACAAGGGACAAAUGAGGAGUUUAAAAUACAGUGGGAAAAUGUGUUUUGAUACUGGUGCACUGACUCCAAGAAUUCAGUAAGCUUUAAACCAACUUUGAACCAGGUUAACAUUCAUUGUGGCUAUUUCUGGGGCUGCUGUUCUUUCUUGAUACAUAAUUCAAAUCUGAUGGUCAUGUGGGCAUAUAUGCACCAUAUGUUGGCAUUGAACAUGUGAGCAAAUGACAGACAUGGGCAAUCAGUGACAUUUUCACUGCUGAAUAUUAAUUUAUGCUUAUUUGCAGUCACUAUUAGCAAAGUUACACACACACUGGCUGUAGCUUUAGCUAAAUGUUACAGAAGAGGUUCCAUGUAACGAAAGCCUUAUGUAUAUUGCAAUUGCAGAAAUUUAAGGUGGUACUUUUUCCAAACUGCUUAAACAGUGGUAACUGGGAGCCACUAUGAAAGCUACACUAAAGUUCCCUUCACAUUAAUAAAGGGGCAGUGGUCCAAGGUUGCUCAGCUCCCUGACCCAAAUGUCUAGGUGUUGAGUUGGGAUGGAAGGAUCUGUUAGUUUGGGUUUUCUCAAUUUCUCCAAUAUUAAAUUUAGUCCUCCACAUUUUGCAGCAAUUUUCCCCCCUCAAAAAAAACCCCAAACUUGUAAAAAUUCAUUAUUUUACUGUGGAUUUCAUAUUUUUAUAUGCAGUUUUGACUAAUACACAGUUUGCAAGCAAUUUUCUGUAUAUUAUUGUCACUAAUAGAUUCAUUUUUAUUCACACGUCCCUCUAAAAUGCACUUUUGUAAACGCUGAUUGAAGAACUACACCACAAAAUUCAGAUUAGUGCAAAUUUCUAAGAAUAGCUAUGUUUUGGUUUACCUAUUGUUUCGGAAACAGCAAAUUUGAUAGGUUCAGCUGUAAAUGCACAAUAAAUCAAAUUUCCUCCUGUGUGUAAACAUCUUAAGGUAACUAGAACUCAUGGAGGUUACAGACCUCUACUGGAGCCCCUUUUACAUUAAUUAAUUAAUCAUUUUAUUGUAUGCCACCUUUCCAUAGUUAAAACCAUGCUCAAGGCGGCUUACAUGAAAAAGUACACAAUUACAAACAUAACAAAAGUAGCCAUAAACAAUAAAUAAAAUAAAUCAAAAAGUAAACAACCAAAUUGAACAUUUUCCACAUACCUGUAAAAAGAUAUAAAAAUAAAGAUUAAAAAAUUAAUAUCAACAACAACCCCUCUCUCAACAAAACCCUAGUGCAAGUCUGUUCCUCUCGCCUGGCCCCUCUGCACUCUGGAUCUGCUUAUUUCUUAAGAACUUAGAAAACUACCUUCCAUCACCAUCAGGCCACUGGUUCCUUUUGCUCACUACUGUAUACACUGGCAGCAGUCUUCCGGGGAGCCUUUGUAUAUCCACCCUGGAAAUGUGACAUAUUUACCUCAAGAACUUAGGACCAUUUGCACAUGUGCUCUUCUACUGAGCUAUGCUCCUUCCUCAAACACUCUUACAAAAUUUCUAAAGCUUGAUAAAAAUAGUUAUGAUCUCUGAUAGGGAAGAAGGACUGGUUAAGCCUCUUAAUCACUUAGGUUUACUGCUUUUGACUGCUGCAAGUUCUACCACUGUGCACAAAUCGAAUGUUGUGGCAGUGUUGGCUGUUCUUAGCAACUGUGCUUGACAUGUGCACCAUUAUCCUUUUCUACAGAAAACUGCACAACUUAAGGGGCAGAGCCAAUAUUGUGACCAUACUACUGAUCCUUUAAUCAUUUGAAUCUCUUCAUGAGUAUAACACAUUGUGACACCCCCAGGGUCCAUCACAAGGUUUCUCCCCAGGUUAUCAUUAAAGGUCAGUCCCUCGGCUACUCCACUUAGUCCUGACCUCUCUCAAACAUAUCGGUUACCAUGACCUACCGACUUAGACAGCAGAAGGACUCUUCUCCAUCACCCAAGGCACGAUAGGCAGCGGGCAAGAGGCAUAGUUUAUGUUAGAAUCUACCCAGACCAGAAUUCAUCCUUUCAAGUUCUGAAGCUUGAACUUUUAUUUAAUUGAGGAACCCAUCCCAAGUAGUGCAGGCAAGUAACAUCUACACAGUUGUAAUUCUAAUGUCCUGCCUAAGUGUGUCUGCUCUAGAGUCUCUACAACUAUCCUCUCUCUCUUAUAAAUGUAUUUCAUUGUAUCCUUCCUCUCACUGUCUGUCUCAUCUUCCUCUAAUCCACCAAUUGACCUUCCCAUCUGGCACUCCUUCCCUCUCUUAGCAUUCCACUCCCCUUACUGUCAACCAGACUCCCUUUCGGACUUCGGUUACACGUGUGAAUGAGGUUUACAGCAUUCUGCUUUCUAAAACUAGGCUGUGACGGAAGUCAUGUCAUUAGGGGAUGCCUAAAUUGCUCACAUUUCUCAAGGCACCUUGGAAACAACACAGCAUACAGUGAAAAAAUAAAAUCAUCUGAAGCUGCCAUAAUUUCACUAGGAAGGCAUUUACACCAUGAAGUGUGUAGAUUCUCAUCUUCAACACUGCCCCCCAAAGGAACUAAUAGUUCUUUGACAUUUUAUUUAAUGUUCCUUGCAUCCCAAUCCAUACAGAAUGAAGUUUACAAAUGGUGGAAAAGAUGGGCAUCAAUCAACUGUGGUGCCAUAAAAUUCCCUCAACUCAAAAAACAGUCAUUUUAUUCCUCUUUAAAAAAUAAAUAAAUAUGACCCAGUGAUGGCCCGUCUAAAGAAAGGAAAAUUACAAGGGAAGAAAUAGCUCCUUUUUCACAGAAGCCAAUGGAAUAAAUGUUGAAUGGUGUUAGUGAAUGUUUCAUGUGGCUGGCUGACGUGUGUUGUUUCUGUACAAAUAUUUCAAUUUCUUUGUUUUGUUUUUGCAUCAGUUAGGCAAUCUUAUAUCCGCUUCCCUGGGAGAAAGCCCUAUUCAAUACAAUGGGAUCUCCUUCUGUUUGAGUAGACCUGUAAGUGAUGCUCAGCACCACAUGCUUUUGCACUGCUUCUCAGGCAAUCCAUCACUUUCAAGAACAGCAGCUCCGAGUCCUGUUUUAAGAUGAAAUGUGAUGUCUGACUGGAUUCCUGGGGCCUUGCUGACUAUCUAAAAUGUGUCGGGGGGAGAACUUCACAGGGAGUUAAGUUCUUAGCCCUUCCCACACCCACUAGGUUUUUCCUGAUUUGCCCUCCUUCUGCCACCUUUCCCCAGUCAAAGUUCCAGGUGUUAGCUGUGGCUAUGAGAAAUAUUAUUAUUGGAGAGAAGUGCAGUAGAGAGAUAAUGGAUGAACGAUUAAGCAUCCCCCUCACCCACCUGCUGUGCUCUUCUUCAAAUCAGACCCUCCCACUACUGCUCUUUACAUGUUUGCCAGACCGGUUUCUCCACUGAAACUCUGUCCCUUAGCCUGUAAAAUUGCAACUCCCUUUUGCAUCUUUCGCUUCAAAUAAGCUAUUGAAGAAAAACUUCAUUUUCUGUUGAUCAUAUCAGAAUUUCUUAUUUCAACAUUUUGAUGUAAAAAAUGCUACUUGGUAAUACAAACUAAAUAUACAGUACACAGAUAACCAGUAGAUUAACUUCAGGCCCUCCAGGAGUUCACAAGAACGGUGCAGAACUGUGAGAUGGAUGAGAUUUUGUGUAAUGCCUUCUAGUCCCAAAGAGGACCUCUGGGAUAUGUUCCAGAGGUAGGCAUGCCAACAAAAGCCAUAUCUCAUGCAUUUCCCAUAUUCUAUUUGCUGUCUAAUAAGAUGCAUGUAUAAAACUUUCAUCGUCCAAUUCCUUAUUUCCAUUAUAGAUUGCUAUUGGUCCCUGUUUUAGAACUAUAAUAUAUGAAAGGGAAUAUAUUUACAGUAACAAAAUUAAAGAGGCCUUAGUAUAAAAAGCACACACAUUUUAAUAAAAGUCUAACUGCAUAAUACUAGUGACAUUUUCAGUAUCAAAAGCCUGCAUGGAAAUUAUGCUCAUUGCUAGCUGGAAUGAAAAUUGAUUUACAAACCUACGUGUGACCAUUCAGUUUCAUAGCUCAAGAGAAACACAUUUUGGCUUAACUUUCAAUGUGUUUCGAUGAAAGCAAGGAGAGGGUUGAAAAUAAGAGUUUCAUCUGUAACUGAAGGGGAAAUUAUUUUUCCUGAUUUCUAAGAAUAUUUCAAAAAAUUAAGAAGUGGUACAUCAAAUGUUAGCUUUUACUACCAGAAACAACUGGGUGCUAUUUUAAAAGUCAAUGUUUCUCCAUACUUCAUAUUUGUUGGCACCAUUGUAAGCCUUUAUUUGUGAAAAAUUAUAGUAUUUUUUAUCUGGGGGUAAAUUCAGGAACAAAACACAGUUCAGUUGAACUGGGCAGUCAGUAUAUAAGCUUAAAAAGUUCUCUUAACCUGUGCUUUAAAAAAAAGAUAAAAUGGAGGGGAGGGGGAGUGUGAACAGGUAAUCUGGAAUUUUAGCACAUGAAGAACUCUAGCCAACUACUCUUUAUUUCUAGUUAAAUUGAACAAUUCAAACUGUAUGACCAGAGGAGUUAUACAAAAUUUGGUUUAUCUUUAUACCAAGUAUGCUGCAAUAAGCUUUAAGAAAUUGCUUUUCUAGACACAGUUCAUUGCGACCUUCUGUAUGAAUGAGACUGCAAUCCUACACCCACUUCCCAGGGAGCAAGGGCCAUUGAACCUAAUGAGACCUACUUCUGAGCUGGGGCUUGCUCCCUACUGUGGGUGCCCAGGGCCAUGGGUGCCAUGCAGCUUGGCCCUGGUGCUGAAAUUUGUGGGUGCCCACCCCCUUCAUGGGGAAUUUUGUGGGUGCUCAGGCACCCAGGGAGCUGGCACCUAUGCUUCUGAGUAGGCAUGUAGAGGAUUGCAUUGUGAAACUUACACAAAUUCCAGGUAGGCUGUGGCCACAAUUUUGGAGGGUUGUGGGUGCCCUUCGACUAUGUACAGAGGGGUCAAAGCAAGGCUCAGAUUGCUGCAAACUCUUGCUUCCCACCUGCACCUUUGGUCUUACUGAAAUAAAAAACUGACCAAGCAGUCCCCUUUGUGCCAGUCUUCUGUGUGUAGGUAGAUUUGAUUCUCCAUGGCAUUCUCAGCGGACACAAACAAUGUACAGUCUGCAAAUGUGAAAAACAACACUAUGAUAUUUACAGGAAAGGCAGGAAUUUUAACAUGGGGUGGAAUGGCCUAGUUCUGCUGGCUUCACACUAAAAAAAACCAUCCAUUAGAUCUUAUCCACAUUUUCCAUUUGCCCUGCUCUUAGUCUGCGCUUUAAUGCUGUGUGACUGAGAUGCUUUCCCUGCAAAAACCCUGCUCUUUAAAGCAGAAUCUGAGCAAAUGGCAAUUUAAACCUCUGAUUCAACUUUGAAGAGCAGGUGUUCCUAGGAAAGGUGUUAGAACAAAAAAGGGGGGUGCUUUAACCAAUUUCUAGCCCAAAUUGGUUACUUUGAAACUAUGGUUUAACAGUGAAGGCAAUGUUCUUGCAACAGGCUCUCACGUCCGCUUUUUAGUGCCAUACUAAAUAGUUAAGGUGUCCAUAACUCACAAAGACAGCCACUCCUCAAGAUAGCAAACCAAGAACCUUUUCUUCCUCUACCACAAAUGUGUGGCUUCUGAGGGUCAGCUGAGGUAAGCUUUUAUUCUUCCUAGGUGCAGGCAGCCAAACACACCCUCACUUAUUCUGUGUGGCAAUGUUAAAAGGCUUUUGACUUGCUGAGUAUUUGAUGUUGCCAUACAUACUUUGCGCGUUGAUGGGGCAAAGCAGGAUAAGGAGCAUUCAAGCAUUAUCUGAUUUGGCAUGGUGCCCCAACACAACCAGGAGCUUUUCAACAGCUUGCGGUAGAUUAGGAAGACCUUUAUAUAUGCAGCCUUUGAAAAUUCCACACUACUGGUUCUGCUGUCACCUAUUGUCUAGGUUCUAGUCCCUCACAAGUACAGGAGCAGAGCUUAUGAGAAAAUCAGGGUGAACACGCUGGAGGGAAUAUUCAGCAAGAGCAGCCUGCAGCUCCGUUCCCAUUCAGAGAUGCAUUGUACACUGCAAUUUGUAAGGUUACCAUUGAUAUACAUGUACUUGGGGAACGAAUAUGCACCUCCACCCUUAAUUCUAAGUCUACAAUGUCCACUGGGCUUUAUGAAAAAACAAUUAUUCAUUACAUCCCCACAACACAUAUUUAAAUGAUACUGAUUUUUUUUAAAAAAACUUGUCAUCAUGCCCAUGCAACAUUCAUUUUAUGUUUCCUCACAGCCAGUUUAGACAAUCAUAUUUAUUAAUAUAUGAUAAAAUCAGCAAUGUAAGAUAACACAAUGAGGACAGAUGAACCACCACAUUUACAGCUCGUUCAACCCUUUGCCUCUCUUGCAACAUAGCAGGACAACAAAUAAGCAUUCAUUUGCAUAUAUAUUUGACAGAUUCCUAGGAUCUAACCUUUUUCAGAUAUUAAGACUUGCAGGGAGCAGAUGUACGUGUAUGCAUAAGAGCCAACUCCUAAGGGCCAUGCGGACUUCAGCUCCCACAAUAAAAUAAUUUGUGGUUGAGGCAUACAUUCAUUGCCCCAACCAUGUACACAAAAUUCCCAAGUAAACAAGCGUGUGGACCAGCCCACAACAGUCUAUUAUUCUGUCAAUAGAAGCAAGUUUAUUGAGGGGAAAAUAUUAUCAGUUGCUAACUAUCAGGUCAACAGGUACUCUUGAGAUCCAAUUCAAGCUUUACCUUUCCAGUUUGAAAGUUGUCUCAGCAUGGUCUGUUCCCCCACAGUUCUAUUAUGUGUGAAACACUAUGGGACAGCAGGGGCUAAAAUGGUUGCCUCCAGUGCUACAGAUACUGAUAUCAGGGCGGCCAGUUCACAACUCAGAAUGCCUUGAAGGUUGCUUUUUGCUGGGUGUGAAGGAGGAAAGGCACUCUCCUCUCUAUUAUAAAUGCCAUCAUGAAAAGUCCUCACUUCUGGCACUGGGCACUGAAAGGGGGGGGGGGAGGAGGGAUGACUUGGCAGUUGGCUGAGGGUGCUGUCACCUUGUGUGAGCUGUGCAAAAUGUGAUGGCGGUGGACUGUAUCGUGCCCUAUGGAUCAUAGUAUUCACCUAUGAACUAGACAAUGCUGAAGCCGUUUCCAUGCUGCAAAAGUAAUGCUGUAAUUACAGUCUUUUCGACUGCUGAAAAGGCCUUAGGAACUUUUUCAUCCAAAGGGGUAGCUGUGUUAGCUGUUAGCAAAAACAACAGAGUCUUGUGGUACUUUACAAACUAGCUAAUUUAUUAAAGCACAAGCUUUCAUGGACUAGAAUCAACAAAAGCUUAUGCCCACAAUAUAUUUAUUUGCUCUUGAGGCGCCACAAGGGUCUUUUGUUGUUUUAUCUAGCAAUUCUACACUCACAUUAGUGAAGAUUGGUCAAUAUAUAUCAACUAAAGAUCCAGAAAACGUUUGGGGUUUUAGUAGAAGUCCUGCAUCCACUGCCUUAACGGUGGAAAAGAGAACAUAUAUUUCUCUUCUUCUAGAGAUACUUUGCAGGUGGCUUAGCACUCAGUGCCCUUCUGUGUAUACUCUGCAAGGGGCAGUAGUGUCCCAAGCUUAGCCAGAAUAUUAUUAAAGGAGUCCUAUUGUUUAUGGAAGGAAAGUUGGUGGCAAAUAUCUCCAGUCCUGAAACUGCUUACUCUGAGAGAGUCCCUCCAGCUUUAACUGGGAAGUACAUGGUUUGAUAGUGAAACCAAUCAUUUACAUCUGUUGAAUAUUGAUCGGUCACUCUCAAAAGAUCUGGAGGUGUGACUCUCUUUUGAUAAGCCCUAAAAAGAGUGGAUGCUUAUCUGAAGCAUCUCCAGUUCUUUUGAGGUUUAACUUUUCUAUACCCUUUCCCGACCUCAAAGCUCUUUCCAGUGGAGCUACAUUAAAUAUAUUAUUUCUCAGAGAGAAAAAUGUAUACUUUAUAUAAUGUAUCUUUAUACGAUCAUAUUUUUACAGCUUCUCUAGAAGAUUUUAACCAGGAUAGGACUCCUUUAUUAAAAAAUAUUGGCAGAUUUCUAGUUGAAUAAACUUCGUAUGUAGAAAACUGAAUUUGAUAAACUUUAUGAAGUUUUAGAAUUUGAAGUUUCAAUUCCUUCUGGAGUGUUCUGUUGUCAGUAUUAUACAUAUAUAUAAUUAAUUUUCAAUAUUAAAUUGGUUAAAAUUUUUAGACUUUAUGUUCUGAACAAAAGUUGGCUUUUGGGACAUGGGGGUAGUAGACAAAGGAAAUUAAAUUAAAUUUCUAGUUUUUCAAUAGUAAAGUGACUUGUAUCACUUUAUCUGUUUCUAAGGUCUCUGAAUGUAUGGCGAUUCCCUGAUUUUAGCCUACCCCAAACCAGCAGGAAGUAUUUCAAAUAUCUCCACUAAAAUUAACUGUGCUGAAUAAAGGGGUCCACAGACCAUAUCUGUGGACCUGCCUGACAAUGUACUUUCUCUUUUAUGGUCUGAUAUUUACUCCAUCAUAUUUCCAUUUUCCUUGGAAUUGAAACAGGGAGGAAGCUCAUAAAUGAAACCACACAUUUUUUUUCCAGCUCAGGCUGCAACUAUUGUAUUUAUGAAUGUGGCAAGCUAAACUUUCUGAGUAAUCAAUAAUUGCUACACUGUAUAUACCAGAAUACACCUGAAGAGUGUGUGUGUGUGUGUGUGUGUGUGUAAAAUCUGGUUCCAUCCUACAUGCUAUCAUUUUAUGACUGGUGUCAACAUGACAAUGCCAAACAAAAUACACCAUGCAAGGCACAGUACCAGAAAUAUCAUUAAUAUCGGAUAGCUUAAUUAAUCUUUAUUACAGUCAAAGACUAGACAACAGAAAUAACAAUAAUAACAGCACCAAGGGACAGAAGCAGUAGACGCAAUCAAAAGUUUCAUAUAUACUUAUUUACAUUAAAAGUAGCACUCCAUAAGUCUAUGAUGCAGAGUCUAAAAUCAGUAUUCAUCAGCUAGCUUGGCUGUCAGAUCAUGUGACCAUCUUUACAUGCUGGACAGCAUCCAGACUUGGUUUCUGAAGAGAAAAGCUACUUCCAUCCAUGGGAGGCUUCUGAUUCAGCAGAGGAAUCCCACCAAUGGAAAAGCAAUUCCAGAAUAUGGUUUUGCUGGUUCUCCCUUCCCCUGCAGUCCCCUUUGCCGCCUCAGAUCUACUCUGGAAGGUUGGAGGACUCUCUGGAACAGCCUGAGAGAUGACACUGAAAUGGCAGGGGGAAGGGAAAACUGGCCAAAAACAAAUGCCUCUCAUCUCUUCCGCUGGCAAGAACAUCCUGAGUGAAACCUGGUUCAGUGGAUGCCACCACUGGUGGGAGAAAACCCUGGAUCCAACCCAUUGUCCCUCUUUCAAUAUCACUGUGUACUCUAUGUUUCAAUAUAACAGCCAAGACAUUUGUUGGCCAAUGUUUGCAUCUUCGUGUGGAUGCGUACACAUCCCUAUUGGAAUUGGUCCAAAGUCCAUUACAAUCCUGGAUUUUCCGACGUGUUUGUGAGGUCUGCAAUUACACUGCCAGUCUUUGAGAUUUUUUUCACCCUGCCUUGCAAGGCAAACUUAAGUCAGGUGGGCACUUGCAUGCACAUCAUUUUUUUUUUACUCCUUGUUUUUGUAUUGGGAGGUAAUUAUUGUCCUGCUGCAAAGUAGCUUUAAGUCUAUCUCCAAACAAUUCACAGAGGUAAUUCACCUCUGAAAGAGACUCUAUGAGGGAGGUCAUGGAAAGCCUAAGUGUAAUGUGGAGGUCCGAAGUGGUACAUAAGGGGUCCCUGAGUGCUCGGUUGUGUCCAAUGUGAUGCUAAAACCAUUUCCGUUUUCAACAACAGAUGCCUAUGCCAUAUCACAAUUAGCUUUUGAAAGUCCCCCUUCAUUUCAAAAGUGACUUGCCAUAAAACACUGGAGGCUGCUACCUGAGAAACACAAGCCCAAAGCCUUCUUGGGGGCAUGGAACUAGUUGCGCUGUGCUUUGGAUCCUGGCCAAUGUAAACAGCUGGCAACUAAUAAAGAAUAAACAUAAUUCUCCACUGGAACGAAUCCUGCAAAAACCAUAAUGCAUGAACAAACCUCUUCUUUCUUUUGUUUUGCUCAGACCUGUAUUGGAAAAGACACUGUCCUGGUCUGUCACUUUCUAGUGGCCUUUAAAAACACAGAAACAUGUUACAUUGCAAAUGGAUUCCUUUCUGAGUGAAUGCUAAAAUUUUUUCAAAGACAAACUCCCUUUAUGAAGGGUAUCCAGCAUCAAAGAAAUAAAUGUCGAUUGUAUUCACCAAAGUCUCUGAUGGCUGUUUAGAAGCUUACUUUUGAAAACCAACAAAAUAGACAAAACAAAUAAAAAAACAUAAAAAUACAAUUGAAUUGCCUUUGAACGUAGGAGAUGACUGUCUCCACACAGAUAAAAUUGCUUCUUAAAAUGUGUAUGUUUUGUAUUCUUUUUUUCUAGUAGGAAAAGAACUGACUUGAAAUCUUGGUGUUUUUUUCUUAGUGUUGUGUGUUGCUUUUGUGUGUAAUAAUAUUUGAAUGUAAUGACAGCAGUGCCAAUUUGCCAAAGAUGUCGAACACUUUGUUUUGUUUAAUUUUGUUUUGGGUUUUGGGAUGUUUUUGUUUGAUUUUUUUUUAGCUGGGUGGGUGUUUAAGGUGUGGGUCAAAGGGAGGGGUGUUUGGGGAAUAAGUUGAUUUCUUUUUGCUUUUGUUCUCAAUUUUCUUGUCAAUACUGGACUGUGAUUUUUAUUCUAAGUUAAAUGGUUGACUGCAAACAUUUUAUUUUAGAUUAGUUGAAGAAACAUGCAAUAAGAUUGGCGUAGUUUCAAUAUCUGUGUGUCUUUUCAUGAGAGUGACUGUUACUUGUGGACAUUUUGAUUUUAUGUAACCUUUAUGUGAGAUAAUUAUUUGUAAAUAUUUACCAUAAUUUUAUUGGUUCCAAAAAUAAAAAUAAUUUUUUUAAGUUCAAA